GUAGUAAUAUUGACAAAUAUCUGGGUAACUGCUUUUAUGAAGAGCAAGAAGUAGAAGUGAGCAUUGAAUUGAAUUUGUUGUUGACUUCUCUUCACUCCGUGGCCACCACAAUGUCACGCACCAUGGAGUGGGCGGCGCGGCCCGACCACCUCAGAGGCAUUCCCAGAAAGCUCGUGAUUGCGGCGGUGGGCGCAUUCGCCAAAACGGUGUCGUCUCUUCUCAACACCACCUCCGUUCACAACGCCGACACCCUCCUCCGCCUCCUCCGCUCCAGGCCCCGCCGCGUCCCUCUCAUCACCGUUAGCAAUCACAUGUCCACUUUGGAUGAUCCUUCAAUGUGGGGCUUCAAGGGUUUCCCCAUCUUCGAUGCUAGCUUAGCUCGAUGGGUACUCGCUGCCGAAGAUAUAUGCUUCAAGAAUGCCCUCUAUUCCUAUAUUUUUCGUCUUGGGAAAUGCAUACCUAUUACGAGAGGUGGUGGAAUUUAUCAAGAGCACAUGAAUGAAGCUCUUGAACGCUUAAAUAAUGGAGAAUGGCUGCAUACUUUUCCAGAAGGAAAAGUGUAUCAAGAAGAUGCACCUAUAAAGCGGUUGAAAUGGGGAACUGCUAGUCUAAUUGUUCGAGCACCUAGAACUCCAAUUGUAUUGCCAAUUGUCCAUCAUGGUUUUCACAAGGUGAUGCCAGAGGAGUAUAUGUUUGGUAGACGGCCUCUUGUACCGUUAUGGAAUAAGAAAAUUAACAUAAUUAUUGGUGAUCCAAUUGAAUUUGACCUUCCAGAAAUGAGGCAAAAAGCUAUUUUCCAGUCUCGUAAUGAGUCAUUCCCUACUACUGGAUGGCCCAGCACUUCUGAUGGUUUGGAUGAAGCAGCACAAAGAUGCCUCUACUCCACAAUUUCAGACCAAAUCCGUGCUGCCAUGGAGAGAUUAAGGUGUCUUGGUAAAAGUUUUCUGAAGCAAUAGCUUCUUUAGAUCUCGAGUUUAGUAUUUGUGUCAUUCUUUGUUAUUGUAAUUGAUAAUUGAGUGAGAAGUCUAUACUUCGGUUUGGCUUCCUAAAAUCAAGUGUCAUUAGAAUACAUACUAGUUUUGUAACCAAGGGAGGUUUAGCUCAAUUGAUUGAGCAGGGUGUAUGAGUAUUGUAAACCCUUGGUACCAAGUUCGAUUCUUACAGGUCAAAGAAACAAAAAGCAUACUAGUUUUGUAGGGGGAAAUGAGUUCCCCUCCAUGUAAAGCCCAAAAUUAGAUGGGCUAGUAUUUCAAAAUCCAUAGCUUCAUUAAUUGAUUUGGAUUCUUAGCAUUUGAGUAGUGUCAUAUCACCUAGGAAGGAUACAUAAUAGAAAUAAGCAGCUGGGACUGGCAUUUCAGAUGGGGUCUCAUUGUUCAUUUCUUUCUGUGUAAUGUACAAUAUCCUAAUCCAUGGUUUCAUAUCA